CGCGCCCGGCCCAGGCGGCCGCCGUGCGCAUGCUCGGGGCUGGACAGCUCCUGAGAGGGAAAUUUAAAAUCGCUGCGGAGCCCGGAGCCGCCGCCGCUGCCCCGCACCGCCCCGCCGCAAGGAGAUGAUAGAAAGUGACAUCACAUCCAUAAUGUCAGGAAUCAUUAGAAAUUCAGGGCAUAAUCAUCACCCGUCACCGCAGGAAUACAGGCUUGUGACUUCUGACUCCUCCCAGUUGAGCGAAGAUGACCUCCCCAGUGACUUGCAGUCCUUGUCGUGGCUGACAUCUGUUGACGUUCCUCGGUUACAGCAGAUGGCUAGUGGAAGAAUGGACUUCAGCAUCAGCUCACAAAAUUCCAUGCUGCAACAGACAGGUCCUGUGGCAGGUGCCAUGCAUUCAACAGGUGCCCCUGGAGCCAUGAUCCAUGUGCAGGCCAGCCUGCCCCAGGGGAUCCUAGGAUUGAAUUCCAUCACCUCGCAUGGGACCAACCAGAUGAGCCAGUACACACUGGUAGGGCAGCCCCCUCCCAGCCUGCAGACCCAGCAGCCGCUCUUCCCACCUCCCCACGCUCAGCAAGUGUUUGCCAUCGCUCAGAGUGCACAGCAACAGUGUAACCCAGCUGCACUAUACAGUGCAUCCUACGGCUCCCAACCUCAGUAUACUCAGCCCCGACUUGCUCCUCACUCUGCUCAGGAAUUGCAUCCUAAACAUUACCCCAAGCCAAUCUAUUCCUACAGCUGCUUGAUUGCAAUGGCCUUAAAGAAUAGCAAAACAGGCAGCCUUCCAGUGAGUGAGAUCUACAGCUUCAUGAAGGAGCACUUUCCCUACUUCAAGACAGCACCUGAUGGCUGGAAAAACUCCGUGCGCCAUAACUUGUCCCUGAACAAGUGUUUUGAGAAAGUGGAGAACAAAAUGAGCGGUACCUCCCGCAAAGGCUGCCUGUGGGCCCUCAAUCCAGCCAAGAUUGAUAAGAUGGAAGAGGAAAUGCAGAAAUGGAAGAGGAAGGACUUGGCUGCCAUUCACAGGAGCAUGGCUAACCCAGAGGAACUAGACAAGCUAAUCACAGACAGACCUGAGAGCUGCCGGCGGCCGAGCAAGCAGGCUGAACCUGAAGCCUCUACCCUGAGCCACGUGGCAGUGGCCCAAAGCCGCAUCUCCCUCUCGCAGCUGCAGCCACCACCCAUCAUGACGCUGUCCCUGCAAUCCAUUCCACUGCAUCACCAAAUCCAGACCCAGGCCCGCAUCGCCCCAGGCUCACCAGCACCUGCCCAGACGCCACCUCUCCACGCUCUGCCCGACAUGACCCGGAGCCCUCUCCCUCAUCACCCAAUGAGCCGCGCACCAGCCGACUUCCUCAACGUGACCACUGACAUGAACGCUGAAGUGGACGCGCUCGAUCCGAGCAUCAUGGAUUUUGCCUUGCAAGGUAACCUCUGGGAAGAAAUGAAAGACGACAGCUUCAGCUUAGACACCAUGGGCGUCUUCAGCAACUCCCCGCUUCAGCUCUCCGACUAUGACCUGGGCACUGCUGGCCUCACCCCAGUGUCCAGUGGCAGUGACCGCUCCUUCUCAGACUUACAGGUGACAGGUCUGUACACUACGUACACCACGCUGGACAACGUGUCCUCGUCACAGUACAUGAACACCCAAGGCAACAAACCCAUCGCUCUGCUUUAAGCCUCAUGCUGUUUAGCAGACCUAAGCAACUUGGAGACCCUUGCCCUGGGGAGCUUUAGAGUAUGAUUAAAAAACUGUAAGGCUUGCACCAUAUCAGGGGUUUACCAGGACACUCGGUGCGAUGCCAAAAUAGACCAAGACCAGCUGAGCUUGUGAAGACAUCACCUCCCCUUUCAUGUCACCAAGGUCAAGGAAGCAUGGUGACCAACUUGACAAAAGAUGGAGGAGCUGACAAGGAGCGUGGAAUGCACCUGUCGGCAAAACCUUCACCAGAAUCAUUUAAACACGGCCGAAAAACCACUCGUGAGAAUCAAGUCCUCAGCACUGACAUCAACACCGUUUGGCCACCAGAUGCCUACAACAUAUUGUUCAAUCAGCUCCUAGUUAGAUUUUCAGAACCUACCUUAUAGUUGUAUCUUUUUCUCAAAUUGCCAAAUAACCAUAGCCAGCAAACAUAGAUUACAUGCAAUGGCUGGAGACACUUGCAACCCUAAACACUUUGCUGACAUAACUGUCUUAAUUUAUUGAUAGGGGGUAGAGGAGGGAGGGACAUACAAAGCUGAAGUUUUUACUGUAUUUACUCAUAUACAACACACACCAUUUCUCUUGAAAAUUAGCCCUCCAAAAUGGGGAAAACAAUAUCCAUGCCAGAAUAGAGGCACGUGGACAUGGACAUAGCUGCUAGGGGGGUGGCUCUGUACUGGGCUCCUGGCUGCAUGGAGGAGAGGCGGACUCCAGUCCUUACAGCCGCAGUUGCACAACUAACAGUUUAACCCUUUCACAGCUGCUGCCAAAUUGGCAGUAGCUUUUAGCUGAAAUGGAUUCUGCCCCCACUCCAUGUAGCCAGCAUUCAGCCACGGUGAGCCCGUGCUGUGGCAGGUAGGAUUCUGGAAAAGCCUUUUGUUCUUCCUUCUGCUUUCCCAGAACAAAGUGCACGUCUUGUAUGAGGCAGCGCGGCAUAUAAGCAAAUGCAGAAACCAAAUCCAGGACAACUGUUAUGUCUUGGGUUAUUAAAAAAGCCUGACCCCAUGAAGGACGUAGUAUGACCAAACUAUUAAAUUGAUCACUGGGUAGAAAUUGUAGCAGUUAGCCCUUUAUCCUAGGAUUUAAAAAGAAAUAGAUUAGGUUUGUUACAAUAGAUCCUGUGUAUCGUGCUUCUCUUGAUUCUUGUGCUAGGCAGUAUUAUUAUUUGUAAAUUUAUUUAUUUAUUGUAAUGAAGAGAAAAAAUGAUGUAAAAUGAGCACUGUUCAGUUUUUAAGAAACACUGCGAUAACCCUGUUUUGCAUUAACUAAAUUAUUCAGAAUUGCAAACGCAAUGUUUUGACUCACUUUUCUUACACUUCAGUUUCUUUUUGAAAGCCUCAUUUAAAACAAGCACUUUUGAUACUGUGAAAUAUCUUUUUAAAAAAAAAAUCAGAGACCAAAUAUUUUUAACUGUACAAGGACCAUCCGUAUUUUGCCUUCUGACAACCGAUUUGUAUCUGGUAAUGUUUUCAAACGGAAUUUGAAGGAGUUCAACCAUGAAGAGUGAAGGAAAGCAAAUGCUAAGUUCCACUUGCAUGUAGUGUCUAGGUUACUUAUAUCUCUGUAACUGUGAAAGACUAUUUAUUUUUUAUGUUUUGCUUAUGACUGUGGCUCAAACUGCAUUUUAACACUCCUUUGUUAUUUCAAAGCAUUGCAUCUACUUAUUUUCAAAAGAAAAAAAUUCCCAGCUUGAAAUUAUGACUAGGGAUGCUCUGACAAAGAAAACCUCGCCACUUGUUCAAGUCUAUGUGCUGAAAAACAGCAGGAAAAUCAAGUUGUACAGUGCUUGCUAAAUUCUACAAACCAACCGACUGAGAAGGCGUAGAAGGCACGAGCCUCUCCCACUGAAAUGGCCAGUGGUAUUUUCUUGUUGAAAGUCAACAUUGUGAAGAUUAAACGUUCUACCGACUUAUGCGUAUAUCUCUUUUCAAAUAUGCACAUAAGUACUAACCUCUUUGGGAAUGGCGCGAUGCUCCGUGCCGAUGUUUAUUGUUUAAAGCAGCCCCGUUUUGAAAACCAAGCAAUGUGAAUAUGGAUCAUUUGAUGUGACUGUAUCUUUUUAAGAUGUUUAAAAAUUUUUUUUUUAAUAAAUAAUAAAUAUUUCUUAGUGCGAACCCUGGGUUAUUCUAGAUACGCCCCGGUGAAGUUAGUCUGGGGUGAACAAAGCCAACCUCAGAAUGGCACUUGGCAGCUGAGUAUUAAGAAGCAAGAGCCCACAAACGGCUAUCUGAAAACCAACAGAGGGGAAAGGGAGUGUGGUUUUCCCAUGAUUCGCGAAUGUUGACAGUCAUCAUGCACAGGCAGAGCAGCAGCCUCUUCCGGUCUUGCAGUCCGAUAGUGCAGUCCUGCAGCCUCUACAUUUCACAUAGCAUUAAAAAAUAAAA